GGUUCCGGAUCAGCUGGGCUCCCGGCCACAGUCCAGAGGCCCUCCGUGCGUCGCCUGCCCGCGUCUCUCUGCGCCCUCGAGCAGGUCGCGUCCUUUGCUCUUCGCUGACAUUCGCAGCAAACCGAUGCAGGGCGAUUGGCCAAGGUGGCGGGGCGUGCCAAGUCCCUGCUUUGCUUGUAAAUGGAGAGGGUGUUCGUUUACCUGUUGAGGAAAAACACCUUGCCCGUGUACGCCAAGCUUACCCAGCAGAAGGUGGCGGGGCGUGCCAAGUCCCUGCUUUGCUUGUAAAUGGAGAGGGUGUUCGUUUACCUGUUGAGGAAAAACACCUUGCCUGUGUGCGCCAAGUUUACCCAGAGCGUGACAGAUUACUUCAGCAGUGAUGGAGCACAGCAACUAACUGUGAGCUGCAAGCUGCAGGAAAAUCGCUUUCUUAUUUCGGACUGCGUGGAUCUACCCGGAGCAGAGUUGGUCCCACUCAAGCGAGCUGCAGACUGCCCCAUCCAGCACCUGAGCCCGGACGACGCGCGUGACCUUCCCCGCGAGACGCUGGCGCGGGGGAUUGACGUCGGCGUGGCCGUCGUGCUGCAGUCUGUGGACGCGCGCGUGCUGUUGACGCGCAGGGCGGCGCAGCUCUCCAUCUUCCCCAACGUCUGGGUGCCCCCCGGGGGUCACGUGGAUCCAGGAGAACAGCUUCUGGAAGCUGGGCUGCGGGAGCUGAGAGAGGAGACUGGUCUGCAGAUGUCACCAUCCGAAUGCACCAUCACCACCUUGGGCCUGUGGGAGUCGGUCUAUCCGGGAAAUCUCAUCCGAGGUCUUCCCAGAAGGCAUCAUAUUGUGGUUUAUGCCUUGGUGCAAACAUCCCUUCUGCACCAGCAAUUACAGGAACACGUCGCCCUGUGUGUGGACGAGGUGAGCGCUUGUGCAUGGAUCGACCCGGACACGGCCAGAGCCAUUGUGUCAUCUGCGGAAAAUGCCAAGUCCCACCCACAAAUAAGCCAACCACCCAAGGGUAUUCCUGCUACAUUCAGUGCGACGGUGAUGAAGGGGAGCAGGCAGGAGCUGGAGGCCUUGCCCACUUCGUGCCUGCUGGCCCAGGUCCCCUCGUCAGGCCCCGACGUGGAACGGGUCAGCACGGGCACCGUGUACGCGCUGCAGCUCUGGUUGCAGCAGCUCCACAACCGAAAAGAGCAACAAUGAUGAACUUUGCUUUCUUUCGAACCCAAAAACAAUAUUCGGCGACUUGAAUCAUUUGACAAAUUGUAAAUGUAUUUUUUUGUAUUUAUUAAAAUGUAAGCAGUUGGACAUUAUUUUUUUUAGCUCUAAAAGUUUAGUUUGUGUUUUCAAUUCCCAAAAAAUAAUUGUUUACUUUUUUACGUAUAUAAAACAGAAAUACCAGUUUGUUUUUUAGCACCAUUUAUCUGGGACUUUGAUAAUUGUCCAUGAGGUUUUUUGGGUUCUAUUGCAUAACUAUAAACGUGUUGUUAAACCCACAACCACCCAACACAGCCAAUUAAGGGUUGCCACGUAAACAAACAUGCCAAUUAGUUACUAGUUCAGCACACCGGUGUAUUGGAGUAAACCAACAUUCACAAUUCGAGUAUGACCUUUCACCGGUCAUUGCAACCAGCCUCAUCAGGUGACAGCCAGUGUGCUGAACUAGUGAUUAACAUGUUUUGUUUACGUGACAAACCUUACUAAUUGGCGUGUCGAGUGGCGACAGGUUUAACGAUACAUUUAUAUUUAAGCGAUCAAACCCAAAAAAGCCUUAUGGAUUAUAUUGAUCGCGAAAGCGUACGUGUUAAAUUCAUAAUUGUCUUGCCAUGGUAGUUUUUUGACGCACCUGACUUUGGAAUAUUCAGAGAAUAUUCUGAACCUUCUUAUUUUGUUCAACAGGCAUGACAACAAAUUGGGUGGUUCGAUUUUCAAGAUUUUAAGAUAUGACCUAUAUUUUGGUUAAAGGACUUGUGAUUGUGUCUUGCACCUGCAUAUUUUUCCCCAACAGAGGCAUUAUUAAAAGAGUAAUUGACCAAGA